AUGAACGUUAGAUCUCCUGGUAAAUUACGCCGUGCGCUUUCGGGCAAGAACAUAAAUAGCAAAUCAGGCCUACGCAAAAGGUCUGCCUCUUUAUCCCCAAAAAAGCUUGGGACAGCACGAAGGAGCGCGGAACACUCAGUACUUCAAGUGAAAUCAAUUGAAAAAGUACAACCAUUCCAGUUUUUUGAGCAGUCAGUGGAAGAUCAACAAGCAGUUUCCUCCGCGCAAAAUAAACUUUGUCACGCAGGCGAUGACAAAGUUUGCACCACAAAGGAGAAAGAGAACAUACCCUUAGAUAACCCAAAUUGCAGAUUUGGCAGUAAGCCUACCCAAGUUUCUAACGAGAGAGCACCACUUUCGAGGCUUAACGCCGACGACUACGGGGGCGUUCUUCAGAUACACGACCUUCCAACUUACGCAGACAGCGAACAUCAGUCAGAAAACCUUAUUGAAGUGUCAGGCUUCACGACGCCUCCUCGAGGUGGUAAAACUGGAACUGAUACAGCAUUUCACAGCUUUAAUACCAGUCCACGUAAAAUUGAAACGCAACAAGGUCGUGAAGAAAGAACUAGUUUCUCAGCCUUGAAAGUGGCUAGAAAAUUGAAAUUUGAGGAUUGA